AUGAGCGAGAGUCAGGUCGACGAGAGGGAGCUCGACGAGAAGGAGAUUGGCGAGAGGGAACUGGCCGAGAGGGAGCUGGCCGACAAGCUUACCUCCUUUGCGAAGGCCGUGACCGGCGGGGAGCCAGACUCUACAAUCCUCGCCAUGCUCAAGGGCUUCGAGACGUCAGACCCGCCAAGUGAGGAUAGUCUUCGUAAGACCGGCGCUGGUAGACACGCAGGAAAGCUCCGCAGUAGUACUAACAAGGAGAUCGCCGGGGUCGCCAUGAGGGUCGUCGAGAAAUGGAGGAAGAGCGUGGGUAACAAGGGCAGUGCCAGGAACGAUGCGCGCCACAAGAUGAAGAUGGCCUCCUCGCGCACCAGCACCCCGUCCAACACCGCCUCGCCCGGACCUCCCCCAACGCCCUCCGCCAACCAGCCCUACCAGGGCGACACCGAGAAGCGCCACUUCAAGACGGACAAGGUCGAUCUCAAGCGCACCUCUUCCGACAUUCGGAACAACAGCGUCGGUGUAUUAUACAAUGGACUCGCCUACCGAUCCACCGACUCCGUGGAGGUAGUGGUCGCAAAGGCUGUCGAGGUAGAGGCUGCCGCCUUCAAGCACUUCAAGGGCGAGGGUACCGAGUACAAAGCAAAGAUAAAGUCCUUGUUUUCGAACCUCAAGGUCAAGAGCAACCGCGAACUGGGUCGCAGGGUCAUGUCCGGCGAGAUUGCCCCCGCCGAAUUCGUCAAGAUGAGCCAGGACGAGCUCAAGUCCCAGGAGCACAAGGAGCGCGACAGCAAGCUUGAGAAAGAGAACAUGAACAAGGCCCAGGUUGCCCAGCCCGAGAAAUCUAUCAGCGACGCCCUCACCUGUGGCAAGUGUGGCCAGAAGAAGGUCAGCUACAACCAGGCUCAGACCCGCAGUGCCGACGAGCCUAUGACCACUUUCUGCGAGUGCCUUGUGUGUGGAAACCGCUGGAAGUUCUCCUAA